AUCUAUGUAUAGACAUAUGCCUUUUUACAUAAAUGAUAAAACUGCUAUUUUACUCUAGAAUAUGUCAGUGGAAGGGUUUGACAACAAGAGAGAUAAAAUCGUAUUGCAGUUUGAACGUAAAUGAUCAAGUCUAAUUAAGCCUUAUUAUAUAAAUUCUCAAAGUAAAUAAAAGUGAAAGUAGAUAUAUAAUCACCAACAUAUAAAUCAUCAUGUCCGAAUCGAUACAAACACCGUCUUCAUCAGAUCCACAGGAGGAUGCGGACGUCAAACUGACUGCGGCACAGAAGGCGAGGGUGGAAAGGAACCGCCAGAGAGCCCUGCUGCUGCGACAAUCCAGGCUGGCCAAAAAGCCAUACUCCUCCUCUGAAUCAAAACAAAAAGUGACACGGACAGUUGACACAGGAGCAGGGUUUUUCCUGGAAGAAGAAGAUGAGGAAGAAACACGGUCAAAGAAGACGGAGGUCAAACAUCCAUUAGGUCCCGUACUGGAGACGGCCACUGACGCCUUGGUGUGCGAGGAUUGUGGGAAGGAAUUCAUGGACUCCUGGCUGUUGACCACCUACAUUGUCAAUGUUUGUGAUGUCUGCAAGGAAGACACAGAGAAGCAUGCACUGGUCACAAAGUCGGAGGUCAAGGACACUUACCUCCUGAAGGACGCCGACCUAGAGGUCCGAGAACCACCCCUCAAAUUCAUCAUCAGGAAAAACCCCAGGAACCCCCGCUGGGGGGACAUGAAGUUGUACUAUGGACCUCAGGUAUAUGAUCGAGCAAUGGAGGUGUGGGGCUCAGAAGAGGGGCUAGAGAAAGCUCAUGAUGAGAGGUCCAGCAAAAGGGAAAAAACAAAACGGAAGAAGUUUGAUAAAAAGGUCAAAGAGUUACGAUUAGCCGUGAGGAGUAGUUUGGUCAAAGUUAACUCGGGACCCCAUGAGCAUGAGUACGGCCCUGAAUCUUACGACGAGGAAUCUGACACCUACAGUGUUUCCUGUGAUUGCGGACAUGUUAGGACUUACGAGAAAAUGUGAAAUAAAUGAAAAAAAGUUAUUAGUAGGAAUUUGACUUAUUUAUUGGAAAAUAAAUGGUUGACGGACCUUCUUGAAUUAGAUGCUUCAGAUUAAUUAAUGUCUUUCGGAUGAGGAAGGACUGAUCUAAGAACUGAGUAGAAUGGAAUUAUUUUAGUAGAUUUGAAUUCAAUUUAUAUAUAAUUAUACAUGUAAUUUAUUAAUUUUCAAUUUCUCAUACAUUACGUGAUGUUCUGUUAUUUUUGGCAACUACUUAAUUUUCCUUUGUUUAUUCUCAUGUUCUUUACAUAAUAAUAUUAUAUUACAAAUUUUCACUCUCUCAAUGUACAUAUAUUUUUGUGAUUUUUUCCUAUUUUUGCAAUAUCACUUUUAACUUUUCUUACUCUUGAAAAGUUUUUUUUUGUUUUCUUGAAGGCAAAUGGUUUCUCAGGGGUUUAUUUUUUAUGUUUCCAAAAUAUCGGUAAUCAUUUCUACACACUCAAAUGAUGGUGUAAAAAAAGAAGAUCUUUAACUAUAAUUACAGAAAUUGACUGUCAGGUACAUUUUCAUCGCAUUUAAAAGAUAAGAAAUUUAAAUGAGAUAAUAAAUCUUAUGGUGUCAUAUGAACUAGUCUUGAAAAGGAAGAAUAAAUUUUUUGUUAAAAUCAUAA